AAACUUGAUCUUGGUUUGUUAGUUGACACGACAAAAAGUAUCACGAACGCAAACCUUCCAAAACUGAAGGACUCGCUGGUGAGUUUAGUGAACCAGUUUAACGUUUCAACCGACGGAACCCACGUAUCGCUUGAAACGUUCGAAAAGAAAAGCACGCUUCACAACAAGUUCAACGACGACCUUUAUCACAGCAACAAAGCCAUCGAUGAUUUGAUAACCUACAAUAUUACCAAGCUGGACCAACCUACCCGCCUUGACAAAGCAUUGAAGAUGGCCAGGGAGUUCAUGUUCAGAGAUGAAAGUGGACAAAGGGCUGGAGUUCGGAGUGCCAUGGUUUUGUACACCGAUGGAAGAUCACACCGUGAUACGGAGGAUUUUAUCCUGGAUGUUGAAGCCAUCAAGUUCAGAGGUGUCCGCAUUGUCGUCGUUGGCAUCGGUCCAGACGCCGAGAAACACAGGUUCCGCCGUGUGUUAGCGAUGAUCGGCGGGGAAAAUCUGUUUUUUGUAGACGACUAUGCUAACCUUGACGAUGCAACCCAAGACAUUGUCAAGUUAAUCUGUCCCCCGAGUCCUUGUGAAACCAGUAAAGGGAUGGACGUGGCGUUUGUGGUAGACAGGACCAGAAGCGUCGGGGUGGUGAACUUCAUGCUGCUAAAGGGCUUCCUUCUGCAACUCAUUGGCGCGAUGCACAUCAGCCCAGAUACAACUCACGCAGGCGUAAUCGCAUUUAGCAGGAAACCAACUCUUCUAAGCACGCUUGCGGACACGAACAAACACAGCAACAAAGCUUUUCAUGAUCAUAUUCUUAGUAUACCGGUCAUUCUUGGUAGACGUACCUUCACUGACAAAGCACUGAGGCUCGCCGCACAGAGGUUCUUUACGGAGAAGGAGGGGGACCGGCCGAAGUUUCCAAAUGUUCUAAUUCUUUUCACGGAUGGAAGGACCAAUGUUGACUCCAGACCAUUCAACCAGAUAAUCCCUCUGCUAAAGGCCAAAAAGGUUCGCAUUAUUGCUAUUGGAGUUGGCGACUAUGAGAAUUUCCAAGGACAGUUGGAAGAAAUCGCAGGAAAAAAUGUUUACAAUACAAGCAACUUUGAAGACCUGUCGAAUUUGUUCCUUGACAUUCUGACUGAAACAUGCAGUGUGGAUGGUGAAUUCUCUCGCUGGGGUUUCUGGUCCGACUGCAGCCUGACUUGUGGUGGCGGAGUCCAAACAAGAACCAGAACCUGUACUAACCCUCCUCCCCAGGGGUACGGAGAAGACUGUGAUGGCCCCCUGCAGGAGACCAGGGCUUGUAAUGACAAGCCCUGUCCAGGAAAUGACGAGGGUUGGACUUUCAAGCACAGUUAUCUGGGGAGAAACGUAGCGAAAGGAAACAAAUAGAGAUACUAUGUGCCACUCCUUACGAGUUGAUGCUCCUGCAGUAAACGUAAUGGGUUUGGAGCCGUGCAAACAUAGAGCAAGGGACAAACAUGCAUAAGGUGUUAAAGGAGCUUGGUCACGGUGUUUUGAGUUAUUUUGGCCGCGUACAAAAUUACCUUUAAAUUAAAGGAAACCUGAAAAUAAUAGUUUACCAAGUUAAGAUAGAAAAGCAUCAAAGAGAUACUUGUUAACCAUAAAGUAACAAGGAUGGUUUAGGAUGGUGAAGAUUAACACGGAUUACAAACGACGAACUUGAGAAAUCUAGCCUAAACUUUUCGAGAUGUGCAAACCGUGACGUAGCUCUGUUAAGCUAAGGGUGCCGGAUACAAGUUGUAUACAGUCCUUCAGUUUGGGUAGAAAUUUAAAUUGCUCCUGUAAUACUAGCCUCUUCCUGUGGUGUAAUUAAUAAAAAUGUGGGAAUAAAAGGCAUCAGUGUAUAUUUGUUUGUUUAUUUGGGGGAGAGGGCAAGCUUGCAUUACUGCUUGGGAACGAGAGAGAAUGUCCCGGAGAACUAACUAAUGGAGUGAGAGAUCCGUACAAAUAGUUCAUAAAUCCAAGUGUAAAGCUUCUGUGUGACUAAUGUCUACGGUCUGAUGGUCCAAUAGUUGCCUAACAGUGUCCAAUAGUUGGAAAUGUGAUGUUCUUGAAACUUGCAAAUUUGCCCUCG